GAAUGUAUUGUACGCAGGUUGCUUCGGUACAAUUUUGACGUUUCAAAAGUGACAGUUCAGUUCGGUAUGUUCGAGCGACGCCUCGCCUUCGAGGUGCGUAGAACAGAGUGACUGUACACGACGCAUUGUGACGAUUCUGAGCAUUGCAAAGUACAACAGCAUCGCAUCCAGCGUCGGUGUAGCAUUACGAAUACCUCCCAAGCAUUACCUGGUUUUCGUUUAAUGUUGGCACUUGCCCGAGAACCCCAUAUCGAGGUGAUUUUGUGUGCAAUCCCGUUCGGUGCAAGUCCUACAGACGUGCGAUUUCUGCUUGUGGUUGUUUACGCACUGCACUCAUAAAGUGAUUAUUCCGAUUGAACGAAAUGACUAGCGCCGAAUGGAAGCGUGAGGCUGUAGAGCACCUCAUCGAGCAGUACAGGAAACAACCGGUCCUGUAUAACAUGCGCCAUCCGCGUUAUUACAACAAGGCUAGCCGCAAUGAUGCCGUGAGCACGAUCCUUAUCGCGAUGCACGACGUACGACCGGAAUCAACUGCCCAGGAUAUCCUACGCAAGAUUCAAACACUUCGGACGCAGUUCGGUCAAGAGAUCACCAAAGCUCGUCGAGCGUCCAAACACGGGAUGGCAUACCGACCCACGGCCUGGUGGUAUAAAGGGCUAAGCUUUUUGCAGGACCAUAUCAAGCAUCGCUCGAUAAGCCCGGACCCGAACGAAGUGGAUGGGACCGUCAUCAAGAAGGAUGUUGAAGAUAACACGUUCAAAGUGUCGAUCAUCCACAGCGAUCCGAUCGAGAGUGAAACAAGCAACAACGACUACGAACACUCCAUGGACGAGGGCGAUUACGACACCGAGAUUCACUACGAAAUUGAUACGCUGGACCACAGCAACAACAAAACGGUCGAGUUAAAGCCCGUUUCGUUGGCAUCGCAAUUCAGCAAGCAGCAGACAAAUGACAGCGACCGGAAGUCGCGCGGAUCCUUCGCCUUUCAGCCAGAACAACAGCUUGCUCCGGCCGGGGGAACCGUGGUGGAAUUGCCCCCGCCCAAGGAGCAAUCGGUAAUCCUGGGGGACCUUCUUGUGUCGAACGACCGUCACCGCAGUCUCGGCAACUUUGUCGCCUCUCAGAUGUCACAAAUCAAGGACGACAUCCUAUUCUACUCGACGCAAAUGGAGGUGCUGAAUGUAAUCAAUCGAGGUAUCCUAGAACAGCUGAAGUAUGACAAAGGCACCACCAGUAACGAUGGCCAGAUCAGUCAGAGUAUGGUAGUUAAAAAAUGAUAGGACAGGCAAGCGAAAAUAGUAAAAGUUUUACUAUUAUUAUAUUGUAUAGAUAAGAUUUUAUUAAAAAGUAGUUAAAAUACAGCUAGAAUUAUGCUUAGGGAAGAAGAACCGCUUUCCAACGCAUUAAUAUUAUUUGCAUGAAUUCAUAAACUAUGGCAAUAGUUAAAAGGUUUACAUUUAAAAGUAUCCGGACUAGGACUGGUGUGAAUGAUAAAAACAUCACAUUCUCAGUACAAAGGGCAGCUGUACCUGUACCUCGGUCAGAACAUGGUCCGAGCUUUUGGGUACGAAUGACCGAGCAUGGUCGUCACACCAGAGAAGACGCAAUCAUUCGAAAACAUAACUAAAGAUACAUUAAGGAAGUUGUAUUGGUUGGUUUAUUUUUAUAAAUGGACAUUCAAAUUGUA